UUCCCGCCCCCCUCGGUCUCUUCACGGUCUCUUCCCCAGCGACGGAGUUAAGUUGUGAGUCCCCGGCACCGAGCAAUAAUACUGACACCCGUGACUUACUGAAACCAAGGGGAAGAUGGAGCACAGAGACCCUCAUUUCAACAUAUUGUUAGCUACUGAUUCUUAUAAGGUGACACACUAUAAGCAGUACCCUCCCAACACCAGUAAAGUGUACUCCUACUUCGAGUGCCGUGAGAAGAGGGCUGACCCGACCAAGAACAGAAAAGUCAAGUAUGAGACAACGGUCUUCUACGGCCUGCAGUACAUCACCAACAAAUACUUAAAAGGGAAGGUGGUGACUCCAGAGAAGAUCCAGGAAGCAAAGGAGGUGUACAGGGAACACUUCCAGGAUGACGUCUUCAACGAGAAGGGCUGGAACUACAUACUGGAGAAGUAUGACGGCCACCUACCCAUAGAGAUCAAGGCAGUGCCAGAGGGAAGUGUGAUCCCACGGGGUAACGUCCUAUUCACCGUGGAGAGCACCGACCCAGAAUGCUACUGGCUCACCAACUGGGUGGAGACCAUCCUUGUCCAGGUCUGGUACCCCAUCACCGUGGCGACCAACUCCAGGGAGCAGAAGAAGAUUUUGGCCAAGUACCUGCUGGAGACCUCUGGCAACCUGGACAAGCUGGAGUACAAGCUGCAUGACUUCGGCUACAGGGGAGUCUCCUCACAAGAGACGGCAGGUAUCGGAGCCUCUGCCCACCUGGUGAACUUUAAGGGCACAGACACAGUGGCUGGCAUCGGCGUGAUUAAGAAGUACUACGGCACCAAGGACCCUGUGCCUGGCUUCUCUGUGCCUGCUGCAGAGCACAGCACCAUCACAGCGUGGGGGAAGGACCACGAGCGAGAUGCCUUUGAGCACAUCGUAAGGCAGUUUCCCAAUGUGCCCGUGUCUAUCGUCAGUGACAGCUAUGACAUCUACAACGCCUGUGAGAAGAUCUGGGGAGAAGACCUGAGGAGCCUCAUUGAGUCCCGCAGCGCUGACGCCCCACUGGUGGUCCGCCCCGACUCAGGGAACCCCCUGGAUACCGUACUGAAGGUGCUGGAGAUCCUGGGGAAGAAGUUUAUCCCUACGGAGAACUCCAAAGGCUACAAGGUUCUGCCACCCUAUAUCAGAGUUAUACAGGGGGAUGGAGUGGACAUCAACACCCUGCAAGAGAUCGUGGAGGGGAUGAAGCAGCACAGGUGGAGCAUUGAGAACAUCGCCUUUGGCUCUGGAGGGGCUCUGUUGCAGAAACUGACUAGGGAUCUGCUCAACUGCUCCUUCAAAUGCAGCUACGUGGUCACCAAUGGCCUGGGGGUGAACGUGUUCAAGGACCCGGUGGCGGACCCUAACAAAAGGUCAAAGAAAGGUCGUCUGUCUUUGCACCGGACAGCGAGCGGGGACUUUGUCACUCUGGAGGAGGGCAAGGGAGACCUGGAGGAGUAUGGUGUGGACCUGUUACACACAGUGUUUCAGAAUGGGAAAAUUGUCAAGACAUACACGUUCGAUGACGUCAGAGACAAUGCCAAGAUAACGGACAGUGACCUCAAGGAGCUCCUCCACUGAGGGGCCGCUCCCAUGACCCCAGAACCCCUGACCUCCAUCACCCCACCGGAGGCGGCACACUGCUAAUGACGCCCCCCCCCUUUCCCCUCAACCCCC